AUGGUUUCCGCCUCCAAGGCCGCCCGUAUGGCGAAGCGCGCCGAAGCCGGCGACAAGAAGACCAAGAAGUCCGCCUCCAAGAAGGAGGAGGACCCCUCCGUCGCUGACGUUGCUGAUGGCGAUGAGCAGCCUGCCACGACCGAGGCCAAGAUGAAGGACGUUGAGAAGCUCACCUCACAGAUGGACAAGCACGGUCUGUCCGAUCGUGUCACCACCGGUGUGCUUUCUUCACUGCCCGCCUCUCGCGACGUCAAGAUCACCUCUGCCUCGCUGGUGUUCCACGGAAAGGUCCUCUUCACUGAUUCCACGCUCGAACUCAACUUUGGCCGUCGUUACGGUCUCCUUGGUGAGAACGGCUGUGGAAAGUCUACUCUCCUCAAGUCCAUUGCUACCCGCGAGUUCCCCUUCCCAGAGCACAUCGACCUGUACCUUCUGAACGAGGGUGCUCCGAUGACCGACAAGGGUGCGUUGGAGUGGGUUGUCGAUGAGGCUCAGGCUCAGCUUGACGGCAUGGAGAAGAAGGCUGAGGAGAUCCUCGAGAGCGAGGGUCCCGACAGCCCCAUUUUGGAGGACCUCUACGAUCGCAUGGACAAGAUGGACCCCUCCACUUUCCACACUCGUGCCUCUCUCAUUCUCACUGGUCUUGGUUUCAACAAGGUCACCAUCCACAAGAAGACCAAGGACAUGUCCGGUGGUUGGCGUAUGCGUGUGGCCCUCGCCAAGGCCCUUUUCGUGAAGCCUUCCCUGCUGCUGCUCGAUGACCCUACUGCUCACUUGGAUCUCGAAGCCUGUGUGUGGCUUGAGGAGUACCUCAAGAAGUGGGAUCGCACCCUGGUCUUGGUCUCUCACUCUAUGGAUUUCCUCAACGGUGUCUGCACCAACAUGAUCGACAUGCGCAUGAAGAGUCUUCUCUACUACGGUGGUAACUACGAUUCGUACCACAAGACCCGCGCCGAGCAGGAGACCAACCAGAUGAAGGCCUAUACCAAGCAACAGGAAGAAAUCGCUCACAUCAAGAAGUUCAUUGCUUCCGCCGGUACAUACGCCAACUUGGUGCGUCAGGCCAAGUCUCGCCAGAAGAUUCUGGACAAGAUGGAAGCCGAUGGUUUCAUUCAGCCCGUUGUGCCCGACCGUGUCUUCACCUUCCGCUUCGCCGACGUUGAGAAGCUGCCCCCUCCCGUGCUCUCCUUCGAUGACGUGAGCUUCUCUUACUCUGGCAACUGGGAUGACACCCUCUACGAGCACCUCGACCUCGGUGUGGACAUGGAUUCCCGUACUGCUCUCGUCGGACCAAACGGUGUUGGCAAGUCCACCCUGCUUCGUCUCAUGACUGGCAAGCUGAGCCCCAUCGCCGGUACUGUCAGCCGUCACACUCACUUGAAGCUCGGUGUCUACUCUCAGCACUCCGCUGAGCAGCUGGAUCUGACAAAGUCCUCCCUUGAGUUUGUUCGUGACAAGUUCCCCGAGAAGUCCCAAGACUACCAGUACUGGCGCCAGCAGCUUGGCCGCUACGGUCUGUCCGGUGAAUCCCAGACCGCCAUCAUGGGUACUUUGUCUGAGGGUCAGAAGAGUCGUAUCGUGUUUGCUCUGCUUGCUAUUGAAUCCCCCAACAUGAUUCUGCUUGACGAGCCUACCAACGGUCUCGACAUUCCCACCAUCGAUUCUCUUGCUGACGCCAUCAAUGCCUACAACGGUGGUGUUGUCGUUGUCUCUCACGACUUCCGUCUGCUGGACAAGAUUGCCAAGGACAUUCUUGUUUGCGAGCACAAGUCCGUUCGCCGCUGGGACGGAAGCAUCGGCCAGUACAAGAAGUACCUCCGUGACAAGAUGGUGUCUGCCGGUGCUGUCUAA